GUCCGAGACGGGUCCGACCUGAUAACAUACGAUGGUGAAGGAUGAGUGAUCUGGUCAUGAACAUUGCCGCCGGAGUUCUGCAUCACUUGGUCGCGGAGCGUCCAUAAGCCGCUCCGCUCCACUCCACUCCGACCGUGCCCGACGAGGCGGGGCAAGAGAGAGGCAACCAUGGUGGACGCAAGCGACCUACCCUGGGCGAAUUCCGCCGCACCUGCGCGUGCGUUCUCACCUGCUAGCCCUAGCUCCAAAUCGCCGAACGCAGGGGAGGGCGAAAUUCCGGCUGGAGAAAACGCUGAAUUGCUUACCACAACUUCUUCAUUGAAUAACAAAGAGAUGUCAGAGCCAAUUCUUGUCUCAUCUAGAAACAAACUUGUUAGAUAUUCUCAGACAGGUAAUUCUUCCACUAAGCCCAAUAGAAAGUUUCAUACUUACAACAAAAAGUAUUAUAGUAAAGCAUUGAGGACAAAGCAGUUACCUUUCAAAUCAAGCAAUAACCGUACUCUUUCUUGGCACAAGGAUGAUAACCUUGUGAUAAGAUUUUCAGAUGAUGACAGUGGAACCGACUCCCGAGAUUCUAAAUCUGUGGCAGCCAUGGAAAAGAAUGAUCAUGCAGCUAGAUUAAUCAAGUUUAAGAUGCCAAUGUCCUCUUCUCAGAGACAAGAAAUACCGCAUCAAUCUACACAGCAUGGACCAAGAUUCAUGUCAAAAAAAGGAGUAGCAGGGCCUAUGUUUUCAAGGGUUGGAAAAAUCAAUGGUUCCAACUUUGGCAAUCAAAUGACUUCUUCAUCUGAGAAGGUGGAGCACAUUCAAAAGCAAAUUGCUGCCUUAAAGACUUCUAUAAGACAAGUACAUGGCCACCAUCAGGAUACAAGCUCAGCUGAUACUGUAGCAGAAAGUUUGCACCAUAAAAUUUCAAGGGAAAAUGAAUUUAAGGUUCAAACGAAGACAUUAUUUCAAAAAAAAGACAUUGUCACUGGUUUCACAAAUAAGCACUUUGAGCAGCUGAAUGAAAAGUUAGACAACCAAGCAAUGAACAGUGAUGGAGCUAAAACUGCUAAUGCUGAAAGGCUUUCCCUUGGUGUUCGACCAACAAAACGCUUGAGGGUAGAUAAACCUUUAGAACCUGUUCAUGCCUCUGAUGAUCCACUACAAUUGCAAAAACAUUCUGACACACAUCUAGGAGGAUCUGAUCAGCUAUUACUUAAGGGUCAAAGUGGUCUCUUUGCAGUGAGAAGUGGGCGUAGCUACGAUGAAACAAACAAAACUUUGUCCUUAAAUAAUGAAGGAAUUGAUGGGAAGCAUGGUCAAAUGUAUGAAAAUGCAACUAUAUCAUCUAAAGUUCCACAUAUAGGACUGAAAGAUAAUAAAAUCAUUAUGCCUUUAUCUUGUGCUCCAUUAUCUUCAUAUUCGGACCCUGAUAUGAAUUCCAAGCCAGAAACCAAGAAUGAUAUAACUGUUGAUGCCUCAUGCAACUAUGCAAAGUAUGCAAAAGGGCCUGCAUUGUUGGCUUCUGAAUUGUUAGAUCAAAGCUCAUAUUUGGCUCAACCGGCACCUGGUCUUGAGGUGAGAAUCCCUGAAUGGGGUAUCUUUAGUUUAGAAUCUUUAUUGGAGUUGGAGGAGUUGCAAGAUAAGGAGUUGGAAAAGGCACAGGAGUUCAGACAGAGGUGUGAGCUGGAAGAAAGACUUGCACUUAAGUCUUAUAGGAAAGCACAAAAAGAUUUGAUCAAUGCUAAUGAGAGAUGUGCCGUUCUAUAUAGGAAUAGAGAAACCAUCUCCACUAAGCUUCAGAAUUUGAUGCUGGAGUCUUCCAACUUUGUCUGGCAGUCAAGCAAGCAGGAUCAUGGUGGAUGCGUACAUUCUAGAUUAGGCUACCAUGUACCAGCUGAGGGUCAAACAUCAGAACUUUUGUAUGAAAGAUCCAAUCGUGGUUUGCUAGAUGAUACUUCUCUUGAUGUAUCUUUAAGAAUGACACAUAGGCAUGGCUCUUGUUCUAACCAGUACUCAGAAAGUGAUGAUAGCACGUCGGACCAUAGAGACAAAAGCACUACCAAUGGUCUUAGCAGUCCUGCAUCAUCUCCAAAUAUGUCUACAGAUGAUGACAGAGAAAAUUUAGUUCUUGAUAAGAGAGAGGUAGUAUCAAAUUUGGCUUGCUCACCAAAUGUUGACAGUCAUGCAGAUGUAACUUCUGAUUUGGAUGUCAGGAAAGAGGGGAAUUCACAGGAUUAUGAUCUUGAAGCUGCCCUAAGGUCUAAGUUGGUUGCUAAGUUUGGUAUGAGGACAUUUUGUAAGAGUGAUGGCAUGAGCAGUGUUCCAUGCGAAGUUGAUCAAGCAGUUGUCAAAAAUGAAAAGAGAUCCAAUACUUCUGCCAAUCAGCAAAUCCAGCAGCAGAUGAUCAUUCAAAACUCUAAUUCUGAAGGUCUUUUCAGGGCGGAAGGAAUAAUGAAUUUGAGCUCUGUUAAGCAUUGUGGUCAAUCUCAGCGAAAUGAAUUUUCCUAUGAAGUUGAAGGAGGCAGUAGCUUUCUAAAAGGAUCUUAUUGGUUAGUUUGCCAGCCUAUUUUAUCGCCAUCUUCCUCAAUUUUGCACAAUGUGUUGCCACUUUUGAAGUUUAAUGUCUCUGCUUAUCCUAAUGGGAGAACUGAAGAAAAAGAUGCUAGGCCAAAGUCUCAAAAAGUUAUUUGUAAGCCAGAUAAAACUGAUGAUAGCACAAAAGUGAGUGGUGUGAGCAGCUCGUGUGAUAAUUCGAUUGAUUUUUUCUUGCCAUUUUGUAUGUUUGAGCUUCGAGGAAAAUGCAAUAAUGAUGAAUGCCCAUGGCAACAUGUUAAACAAAAUAGCAAAAGAAGUUUAAAACGAGGGCUUCUGGUUACUCACAAUUCAGAUUCUUAUUUUAGUGCUUUGACUGCUGAGAUGUCUCAAGAAGGAUUGGAGCCUAGUCAUGGUCUCGGCAAAAGCUUUCUUCCAAUCCCUUCUUAUUAUAUUGGUGCAAGUCUUGUAAAACCUGAGCCACACUUCUAUCAUUCAAUAUUGGCUCGCAGCACAUGGAAAUAUUGGCAACUUGGAUUUUCUGCCUCCUUCCCUAUACCUUUAUCAUUCCAGAGAAUUCAUUCUCAAGAUGUUCCACUCUUACAAAUUGGUGAUGGUGUCAUGUCGGAAUAUGAUAGUUGGAGUAGGCAUUCCUGGUAUCUUCAGAGCCAUGAUGCUAAGAUGAAAAAAAUCAUACAAGGGUUACCAGAUUCUGAUCAAUCGUUGGAGUUGGCACUUAAUCUUUUCUGUGGAAAAUUUUACAAAUCUGAGAUAAAGAAGGCUUUUACUGUUUUGUCACGAGCAAUCGAGUCUCAUCCCACUUCUGCAGUCCUUUGGGUUAUUUAUUUGCAUAUUUUCUACAUGAAGGAGGAGGGCAUUGGGAAGGAUGAUAUGUUUCUCCAUGCUGUACAACACAAUCCAUCUUCAUAUGAGCUUUGGCUAAUGUAUAUUAACAGCAGAGUGAAACUUGAUGAUCGACUAAAUGCUUACAAAAAUGCAUUGAAAACAUUGUGCCAGGCAAAAGUGGUAUGUGACAAGGGAAAAAGAAAUAGAAGUGCACAUGUUUUGGAUAUUUUCCUGCAGAUGCUUGAUUGUUUGUGUAUGUGUGGCAAUGUGGACAAAGCACUUUGGAGGAUUUACCAACUUGUUCCUUCAUCAGAUUCUGAGCUUUCUAGUGAUUCAAUGCUCCCUGAUCUUCUCUUUUCUUUGACAGUUCCUGAUCAAUGCAUAUUCUGGAUUUGCUGUAUAUAUGUGGUGAUGUAUAAGAAAGUCCCACAAGAAGUUGUACAUAAUUUUGAGUUAGAAAAGGAUUUUCUAUUCCGCCUUGAAUGGCCUUUCAUCCAGCUAUCAAUUGAAGAAACAAAUAUGGUAGGGGACCUGAUGAAACUUGCUAUAGAAAAGGUGGGUGUUGAUGUUGAUAAAGCUCCUCAGGGAAGAGAUAGAGCUGCUCAGAGAUCUCUGCACGUCUUAGCAGUUUGUCAUGUCAGACUUGCUGCUACACUUAAUGGUUUUCAACAUUCUGAGGAACUAUUGGUGAACUAUUUCGAGAUAUACCCAACUUGUCUUGAACUCCUUUUGUUAACAGUUCGGUCACAUGAAAAUUGCAAAUUUGAUGUAUUUUGGCAAAGUUUUCAGGAAAUACUUCAUAGCUGGCCUACAGAAGUCCCUGGUAUUCAAUGUCUUUGGAAUCAAUGUAUAGAGCACGUGUUGUUGCAAGGAAAUGAUUGCGCAGAAAAGCUGAUUGAACACUGGUUUCAGCAAUUUGGGGAGCUCAACUAUCCUGGAUUUAGAAUUUUAGGCAAUAAAAAUGCUGGUCUUUGCAGGCCAUCCAAACAGCAGUUUAUUGUUGAAUCUGCUGUUGAUCAUACUGAGGUGGAUGAAAAUAUGUUUGCAUUACUAAAUCUAUCUCUUCACAGGCUAUCAAAGAAUGAUGUUGAAGGAGCUUUUAGUGCUGUGGACGAUGCCCUAAAGUUGUGUUCUGCAAAAUACUUUGGCCACUGUAUAAGAGAGCACACAGCAAUUUCUCUGCUAAAACAAUCGGAGUUCCAGAAGAAUACUCGUCUCACCAUGUUGCCUCUUCUAAGCAACUAUGUAGUUGAUACACGUUUUUUACCUAGACCAGAACUGUUAUCUAGACAAUAUUAUAAAUCCAUUAAGAAGCCAAGAGUAAGACAGUUGAUUGAUGAGAUCAUGGGUUCAGUUCCUGCUAAUUUUUCUUUGCUUAAUUCAGUUCUUGAAGUAUGUUAUGGGCCAACAUUUCUGCCUGAAACAAUGGAACCCAGGGAGCUUGUUGAUUUUGUUGAAACACUAAUGGAACUUGCUCCGGCAAACUACCAGUUAGCAUUGUCAGUAUACAGGUUCACUGCUAGAAGCUUCUGUGAUGCUGGUGUUGCUUAUAAUGGAAUUAUAUUCUGGGCUAGCUCUAUCUUAGUGAAUUCAAUUUUUCAGUCUGUCCCUGCAGCUCCAGAAAAUAUAUGGAUCGAAGCAGCUGAUCUCUUAGGAAAUUCAGACGCAAGGGGAGUUGCUGAUAGGUUCUAUCAGCAGGCUCUUUCAGUCUAUCCUUUCUCCCUUCUGCUGUGGAAAUCCUACCUCCAUUUCGCCAAACUAACAGAGAAGACAGAUGUACUUAUAGAGGCUGCAAGAGAAAGGGGUCUUGAAAUGAGUAUUGUUCCAGAUUUCUAGUUUGCCCUUUGCACCAACCUUUCAACACUUUUGGCAUCCGAGCUCAAUUAUGAUGAUGUGGAUGUGGUUCUGAUCUGUCCUCACUUGGACUCCCUUCCUAUCACAAAAUGAGCUGGAUGAAUAGCACAGGCCUAAACUAUUCUGAAGACUCUUUGUGAACAGCAUGUAGCUAGUUAGUGUAGAAGUUGCAUAUGCAAGUUUUGGUAUCUUAAAUUAAGA